GGGGGUGCUGCUAUUCUCACUUUGGUCCUCUCUCUUUCAGCAUUCCCAGUUUGAUCCUUGGUUUUUUGUCUGCUUUAACUGGGUUUAUCUGUUCGACCUUUGUUGUGUUUUGUUUCAAUGGCGCAGUUACCUCCAAAGGUUCCCAACAUGACCCCAAACUGGCCGGACUUGAGCCACCACCACAAGAUGUCGUCGUGUUUUGCUGCGCCGAACGGCAAUGCCGGCAGCAACCCUUGUUGGGUCGACGAGUUCCUCGACUUCUCGUCGGCCAGGCGGGGGUCCCACCGGAGAUCCGUCAGCGACUCCAUCACAUUUCUUGAGGCGCCAAUGCAGGACGAAUGCCGCGUCUCCGGUGCACCCCCGGAGCCCAACACCACUCGACAUGUUGAGUUUGACAGGUUUGACGAUGAGCAGUUCAUGUCCAUGUUCACCACCGAUGAAAUCGCCGCCGCGGCUGCCGCCGGCCCCACCGGGUCGUGCUCGAACCCUUCGACGCCGUCGGAUCACAACAGCAUUAACGACGACGAGCAGCAGCAGAUUGAUGAUGGUGAUCAGAAGAAGAAGAAGCGAGAUAAUAAGCUGAAGCAUGAAUCUGAAGAGGCAGAGAGCGAAUGCAAAUUGGAGGGUCAACAAAACCAGAAUGGGGAUAACAAAAACACCACCGGCGACAGAAAAAUUGACCCCAAAAGGGUGAAGAGAAUCUUGGCAAACAGACAAUCUGCACAAAGAUCACGGGUGAGGAAGCUGCAAUACAUUUCAGAGCUGGAACGCAGUGUUACCUCUCUACAGGCCGAAGUUUCAGUGCUGUCACCGCGAGUUGCAUUUCUAGACCACCAACGGUUGCUUCUAAAUGUAGACAAUAGUGCUCUCAAACAAAGAAUUGCAGCAUUGGCUCAGGAUAAGAUUUUCAAAGAUGCUCAUCAAGAAGCACUGAAGAGGGAAAUAGAGAGACUGAGGCAAGUGUAUCACCAACAGAAUCUCAAGAAGAUGGAGGACAACAACAACAACAACAUUGAACAAUCACCAAACUCGGACACCAUAACUACUCAACUUCCUGAUGCUGCAGCUGCUGAUCAGAAAGAACAACUUCUCAAUGUUUCUUCCUGAUUUUCUCUCAAUUUUAUAAGAUUGUCUUGGAGCUCACUAGCUAGGAAGAAGUGACAGUAUUCUGGGUUGCUUAACUUCUGGUGCUAAGGGUCACGUGAUGUGCUGAGCUUUAGAGCUUAAAGAAGGGAGUCCAAGGGACCACUGUGAUGAUGAAUGAUUGGAAUGCAGCAAAGAACAUGUGCAGCUCUCGGCUUUAAGAAAAGGAAAGGAAAGCAGACUCGACACUGUGUUGGGGUUUUGUGAUGAUUCUUUUUUAUUGGCAUCAAUUCCAUUUUGUUUUUGGAUCUUCAACUAGGUGUUGUAAGACCAACCAGAAAACUUGGGGGUGAUGUUGGAAGGCAAAGUAUAGUGUUGGGAUGAACAGAAGUAUGGGCUGUCUGAGUUUUCGUACUCGGACAGAUUUGUUGUACAAUUUCAGUGUAUUCUUGUUUGUAGUUAACUUGAUUUUCAUUACUAAUUAGAGUUUCUUGACUAAGUUAAAAAAGAAAAAGAAAAAUUAGAGUUUCAUUUGUGAUUGAACAAAUUCAGCAAACAGAUUUGAGUAUGCCAUUAUAAAGGAUGAUAGUAAUAUACUUUGAGUUGUUAAGAA